GGAAUGGAACUUAGCAUAGAUAGAUGUUGACGAGGGGGGAAAGUGGAAAGGAAGAGAACGGAAACAGAUAAUGAAUAUGUUGAAUUUAUUCCAUUCAUUUUGGGGUUACCUGCAUCGGGCGUUCUUGUACCAUUUGGGUUGUGGAACUGGAGCCAGUGCUCUCCCCUCCACAAGCCGUGUGCAUCUUCUUGAUCAUCUUCCACUGCAAAUCUAAGAUUCAACCAAGUCUCUACUUGAACAGUGCCUGUCGAUUCUGUGGCGGCCCUCCUCUGCACCCCCUGAGCAGAAAUGAAGGAUUCCCCACUAAUAAAUUCCACCCCAGGCCCAGAGUUGGUGAAUUUUUCAAAUUCGCUUUAGAGAGCCUAACUGUUUCUAUAGGCUCUCGAGUCUUGAAGGCCAUCUUGGUAGCUUCAUUAAAGACUCUCAUUUAUGGCUCCAACUAACACAGUGCCUUGGAUCCAAGUUGGAGAAUGAGUGGAGAAAUUUAUUUCUUCUGACCGCUCUGUAAAAGAAGAAAAAACUUGAGCUAUUCUGUGUUUCUCCUGUAGCCUUUUAAUGAGGUUGCUUGAAUUGAAGUGGUUUCCGUGGGAGGCGUAAAUUCAGUUAUUAAAGAAUGUGAAUGGAGGAACUGCCUCUUUUUCUUUAUUGGUAGCGGUAAUGGAUGUUUGCUUUGCAGAUAAGUUAUCUGCAGGUAGCAAGAACGCAGAUAAUCUUAAGACAUCUUCCUCUGCUGCUUCUUAUUCUUCUUCCUCUUCUUAUUCAGUUACUGAUCAUUCUGUUUCACAACACAGACGUUCGAAGAGUGCAUCUGACAAGAACUUGGAUUCUGCAAAGGCAGCUCCUUCUCAAUCUGUACAUCCGAGUGAGCAGCAAGUGAAUGAAGGAGGAGGCAAUCCUGCGCCCCACAAUGCAAAACCCAUUCCGCAAGAUUCCCGUGAUCCUGCUGUUAGAAGCGGAACAGAUCAUCGUGCUUCUUUGGAGAAUGAUAUUGAAGUGUUACAAAUGCGACUUCUUCAUGAGAGAACAAUGCGGAAUAUGCUGGAGAGAGCGAUGGGCCGAGCUUCAAGUACACUGUCUCCAGGGCACAGACAUUUUACCGCUCAGACGAGAGAAUUAAUAUCAGAGAUUGAACUACUUGAACAAGAGGUGGCCAACCGUGAAAAGCAUGUACUGUCUCUCUACAGAAGUAUUUUUGAUCAAUGCAUCAGCAAGACAUCAUCAGAACGAAAUUCAGGGGCAGCAUCUCCUGCCCAUGAUAAAAAUGAAGCGCGGAAGCAUCCAAGUAUCAUUUCUAGCUCAUUUUGCUCUUCUAAGAAGUUCCCUUUGCAACAUUUGCAAGUUAUGGCAUCUAUGAAGGAGCAUGGGAAGAGGAGUUCAACGCAGACAUGCAAGACCAGAUACAAUUCACUCUUUAGCAAUAAAAUGGAUGUUGAUAAGGAGGGUCACUUUCGUGAUUGUGGUAAGGGUCAAGCUGGUCUACUUACUGGGAAGACAUUGCUGGGUUCACGUACACUGAAGGAUCAUCUGUAUCGGUGCCCCUGUGAAUUGUCUGAAGAGUUGGUGAGGUGCAUGGCCUCCAUAUAUCACUGGCUACAAGGUUCAGCUUCUAAAAAGCCGAAAAGAAAAGGUUGUCCAUCUCUAACAAGGUCAUCCACAGAUGUAAUUAUUCCAAAAUAUAUGGUUGAAGAAGAGCAGCACUGGUCUUGUAAACCAGUGAUUGAGAUAUCAUGGCUGUCUACAGACAGAAAUCAUUUUUCCCAUGGAUCAUGUGCCAUUAGUAGCUACAGGUCAUUGGUAGAGCAACUUGAGAGAGUAGAUGUGAGCCAGAUGGAAGGAAUUGCAAAAGUCGCAUUCUGGAUUAACGUGUAUAAUUCUCUCGUUAUGCAUGCACAUCUAGCAUAUGGGAUCCCCCGCAGUUCUGUGAGAAGGAUGGCCUUGUUUCAUAAGGCUGCUUAUAACAUUGGAGGUUGCAUAGUGAGUGCCAACUCUAUUGAGCAUUUCAUAUUGUGCUUCCGAACCCCUCGGAUUGGACGUUGGUUUGAGCCCAUCCUGUCAACCGCCCUGAGAAUGAAAUCAGGAGAAUCACAAGUAGUUCGUUCAAAGUUCGGUGUUUCAGAGGCCCACCCAAUUGUUUGCUUUGCACUUUGCACCGGUGCCUGCUCUGACCCAAUGUUAAGGGUGUACUCUGCUAAAAAUGUGAAUGAAGAGCUGGAGGCGGCAAUGAAAGAUUUUCUUCAGGCUAAUGUGGUGGUGAACAAGUCCAGGAAAGUGUUGCUUCCCAAGGUGCUUGAAAGGUAUGCAAAAGAGGCAUCCCUCAAUUCUCAACAUAUACUCGACUGGGUGUCCAAGAAUGUGGACAAGAAACUACAUGAUGCUGUUACAAAAUGCAUGAACAGUAAGUCUAGAGGAAAGACUGCACAAACCAUAGAAUGGUUACCAUAUAGUGCAAGGUUUAGAUACAUGUUCUCGGUGGACUUGAUAGACAAAGCAUGAUGUCUCCAAAAGAUACGUUCUCUUGGUUACUAGGAAGGCAAAUCUGUCAUGAGCUCAAUGCACAAUAUUAUUGUAACUUCGUAACCUUAUCUAAAUACUGUCCUGUGCUUUGAGUUCCUAGUUUUU